CGCCCCUUCCCUUUCCCCCCUCCCACCACCGGUAGCGGCGCGACGUGUCCGGCGCGGGAAGCAGUCAUGGCGGCGGCUGCUUCGGCCUCUUCGGGGGCCGCUUCGGCUCCAGCGGGCGAGGCCGACGAGCUCUUCGACGUCCGGAGCCACUUCUACCUUGGGGCCUGGCAAGCGGCCAUCAACGAGGCCCAGCGGGUCAAGCCGUCCAGCCCAGAACGAGAGAUAGAGAGAGAUAUUUUCCUGUAUCGUGCCUACAUCGCUCAGAGAAAAUAUGGCGUGGUGUUGGACGAAAUCAAGCCCAGCUCAUGCCCGGAGCUCCAGGCGGUGCGGAUGUUCGCCGAGUACCUUUCGAACGAAAGCCGGAGGGAUGCUAUAGUGGCCGAACUGGACAAGAAGAUGGCCAAGAGUGUCGAUGUCACCAACACGACUUUCCUGCUGAUGGCGGCGUCGGUCUACUUCCAUGACCAGAAUCCGGACGCCGCCCUGCGCACCUUGCACCAGGGGGACAGCUUGGAGUGCAUGGCCAUGACGAUCCAGAUCCUAUUGAAACUGGACCGCCUGGAUUUGGCCAGGAAGGAGCUCAAAAAGAUGCAAGAUCAGGACGAGGAUGCGACUCUGACCCAGCUGGCCACCGCGUGGGUGAACAUAGCUAUGGGGGCCGAGAAGCUGCAGGACGCCUACUACAUCUUCCAGGAGAUGGCGGAGAAGUGGUCGCCCACCCUCCUGCUGCUGAACGGCCAGGCCGCCUGCUACAUGGCUCAGGGCAAGUGGGAAGAAGCCGAAGGCGUGCUCCAGGAGGCUCUGGACAAGGACAGCGGCCACCCCGAGACCUUGAUCAACUUUGUUGUCCUUUCCCAGCACCUGGGGAAACCUCCAGAGGUCACCAACCGCUACCUGUCACAACUGAAGGAUGCUCACCGAAACCAUCCCUUCAUAAAGGAAUACCUGGCCAAGGAACGUGACUUUGACCGGCUGGCCUUGCAAUAUGCUCCUUGUGCGUGAGGCUUGUUGAGAGGGGAGAAACCCCAGUCCGGCCGGCCCCGUUUUGCCAAGAGGCGUGCCACACACACCCCAGAUCGGCAUCUCUGUCCCACAGCAAACCGAAGCCAGUUCGCCACCCAAAGAAGAGCGUUGACGGCAGGGUACCUUGCUGGGAGUUUCCCUCUGCAUCGCCUCUGGUGGGUUUUAUGAGUUCCUGAUACGAGACUGCACCCCAAGAGGGAGAGACUCGCAAAUAAAAUAUAUUUACAUAUUUCCAAUAAAUACCAUGCUGUGAUUA